AAGUGAAACACUUUCGCCCUCCUCUAUUCAAGCUCACGUAGCACCGACCUUCUCCGAUUACUAAGGUCGGUGGCGCGAGAAACUCGCGUCGCGGUGUCCCUUCCCUUGCAAAUUAAGUCUUUCCAAUUUCUCCGUAUAUCCUUACUUUCUUCAGCGAAGAAAAACGACACAGCAGAAGAGAGCAGAGAAUUUUGAAAAUGGCGGCUUCAUCUUCUCCAACGUCCUCGUGUAGCUCCUCGUAUGCUUCUCCAUUUUUACAACCGGAGUUCUCGUCUCUCCCGGUGAUGUCGCUCAGAAAGAAAAUCGUCGAGAAAAUCAGGGAAAAUCGUGUCACCCUCAUAGUCGGCGAGACUGGCUGUGGAAAGAGCUCCCAAAUCCCACAGUUUCUUCUGGAAGAAAACAUGGAACCCAUCAUAUGCACACAACCCAGGAGAUUUGCUGUUGUUGCUGUUGCUAAAAUGGUUGCAAAAGCUCGUAACUGUGAGCUGGGAGGAGAGGUUGGGUAUCAUAUAGGCCACUCAAAGCUAUUCUCAGAAAGAUCAAAGAUUAUCUUCAAAACAGCUGGUGUUUUGUUAGAAGAAAUGAAAGAAAAGGGGCUGAAUGCACUCAAAUACAAAGUUAUCAUUCUUGAUGAAGUGCAUGAAAGAUCCAUUGAAUCUGAUCUUGUUCUCGUCUGUGUAAAGCAGUUUCUGUUAAAGAACAAUGACUUGAGGGUGGUAUUGAUGUCUGCAACUGCUGAUUUUGGAAGAUACCGUGAUUAUUUUAAAGAUCUUGGCAGGGAUGAAAGAGUUGAAGUGCUUGCGAUCCCUAGCUCCAACCAGCAAGCCCUUUUUCAGAAAAAAGUUUCAUAUCUUGAGCAGAUAACUGAAUUUCUUGGAAUAAGUUCAGAGUUAUUGGCUACUAGAUACUGUUCAGGACCAGACCCUUCCAUGGCAGCUGCUGAUAUUAAACCAGAAGUACAUAAGCUCAUACAUGAUUUAAUAGUGCAUAUCCAUGAUAAUGAAGUGGAUAUUGAAAAGGGCAUUUUGGUUUUCCUUCCUACAUACCGUGACUUGGAACAGCAGUGGUGCCUUCUGAAGCCACUUAGUUCAUGUUUUAAAGUUCACAUUUUACAUCGAAGUGUUGACACUGAACAAGCUCUCAUGGCUAUGAAAAUCUGGAAAUCACGUCGUAAGGUGAUAUUGGCCACAAAUAUUGCAGAAUCUUCUGUGACAAUACCCAAAGUAGCAUAUGUCAUUGAUUCCUGCCGAUCUUUGCAAGUUUUUUGGGAUUCUACAAAGAAAAUGGACGCUGCAGAGCUUGUUUGGGUUUCUAAAUCUCAGGCUAACCAACGUAAAGGCAGAACUGGUAGAACCUGUGAUGGUCAGAUUUAUCGGUUGGUCACAGGAUCAUUUUUCAACAAGCUUCAGGAACAUGAGUCUCCAGCUAUACUCAGGUUAUCAUUACGGCAACAAGUCCUUAUGAUGUGCUGUGCUGUAUCUAAAGCCAUUAAUGAUCCCAGGGGCUUGUUGCAAAAAGUUCUGGAUCCUCCUCAUCCUCAAGUAGUUGAAGAUGCACUAGACAUACUUGUUCAUAUAAGUGCACUGGCUAGGACCUCUACAAGAGGCCGGUAUUAUGAGCCUACAUUUUAUGGGCGGUUGCUUGCUAGCUUCUCAUUAUCCUUCGAUGCCUCAGUUCUUCUACUCAAAUUUGGAGAUAUUGGAUUGUUGCGUGAAGGCAUUCUGAUUGCUAUAUUGAUGGAUGCACAACCACUACCAAUUCUUCACCCUUUUGGAGAAGAACAUUUGUUUACAGAGUACACUUUCCGCUACUUCGGUGGUGAUUGUAACAACAUUGUGAAAAUUGGUCGAAAAGAGAUGGUAUUAAUUGGAAACUUGUGCGCAUAUCAGUUUUGGCAACGUGUUUUUAAGGAUAAGCACCGUCUUGAACACCUGAAACGGCUUUCUAAAUUUGACGAAAUGAAAGCUGUGACACCACUGCUACUGAAGAUUGAAGAAGAAUGGUGCUCAUUCCAUAACCUUGUGCAGUCAUCACUACAUCAAGUGUCAGAGACAUAUGAAGAUGUACUAGAUUCACUGCACCGUUUUCGGCCCAGAUUUCUGGCUAAAUGUGAUGGCCUACCAACGUACUAUGAUCCUUAUGAAUUUGGCCAUGUGUGUCUUCUAGAAUCUCAGAGACAUGAAGAUGAGGUUGUUAUUGCUGCUGAUGAUGAACACAAUGAACCAUCUAACGAAACGAAAAAAUGUUGUGCUAUACCAUUUGUUGCUUCUGGUCACUUUCAGACUAUUAAUGUGGCUGAAAAGUUGUCACUCAUUGUCAAAGAGAUAAGAGUUCAAUUGACAGAAAAUGCAUCUGGUAAGCAUUCUAGCUACACCGAAGCUGAUGCAUCUCGAGUAAAUGGGGAGGCGCCUUUAUGUGUAUAUUUUAUAAAUGGAUCCUGCAACAAGGGCAGUCAAUGCUUAUUUUCUCAUUCACUUCAAGCAAAAGUACCUACUUGCAAAUACUUUUUCUCUUUGCAGGGUUGUCGAAAUGGAGAGUCAUGCUUCUUUUCCCAUGAUUUGGGUUCAUCAACAUCAUUUAGCCUGACUUCAACCCUGCCAGAGGAGGAUGACUACAGUGCUGCCUCCCUUCUUCAUUUGUUUCCAACAUCUUCAGAUGGAUGCAUUCUUCUUUUAGAUGAUAUUGAUUUGCAUUUCACCUCAAACAUAGCGCAUCACUAUGAUGCCUCCAAAAUAAUAUCCACAACAUGCAUGUCUGAAACUGCUAUAAGUUAUCCAUCAUUGGAAGGUGCCCGAAUUUUAUGGGGUCUCCAUCACCCGCAGCAGACAAUUGUUUGUAGUGCUGGGAGGAAUCCCAUUCCAUGGAAUGAAAUUAAGUGCAUACUAUGGUUCCCCAAUUUAGAUGGCAAUGUUGAAAAUUUGGAGAGGGAUAGAAUUCUUGUGCAGAAUUUCUUUGAACAUUUAGCCAUCAGAAUUAUAGCUGAUUCCUUGUAUGAACUGCAAAUUAUCAUCACUAUGAACAAUAUUAGAUUUUCGCUGUUACAGGUGGAAAAGUUGGGCAGAGACAGCUUCUUUUUCCUCAGAGAGUCCUUUCCAUUUGAUGAAGCAAGCUUUGGGGAGCUAUCAGAUGUACUCACAACUAGGACGCCAAUGUUGGCGUCAAAGCCUAUAUCAUACGUCUUUGACUUGCAGCCACCUACUGAUAUUCAGUUUGAUGACUAUGCAGCCACUCUUCGCAAAUGUCUGCAUGAUAUUAACGGAUUGACUGAGAGGAUUGAGCUGCUUUGUUUAUGAUCCCAUAUCUUAUAUUGUGAAGUUAGAUUGUAAAUAUCAGAGACGGGAUUCACUAGAAGACGACCGCAUGGAUCUGCAGUAGCACUGUGACAUGACUCGAGUAUGUGAUGAAUUGAAGAUAAUAUUAGAUUCAGGUCAAGGGUAGUUACAUUAUUGUUAGAAUUGCUAAUUUUAUCAUAACUUUUGGUUCGGAGGAAGAUAGGGGAACCCUUUGUUAAAAAACCUCCCCCCUUCCUCCCUGUUUUAUUUUUCCUGGCAAAAACUGAAAUGUUCUCACGAGGAGAAGACCACAAAUCCUUUUUGCUGAGUUGGUGAGUUGGUUUCUGCUACGUAAAAAGGCAGGCAUGCAAAAUUUACCCGAGUCGUGAAAGUGUUUGAACCUUCAGAUGAUAUAAAAUUUUGAAAGCCAUGCUAUGUUCAAAUUA